AUGGCUCAGACAAGCGGGCUGAAAUACCUCUCCAACGCUCUCGCUACGCCCGAUCAGCUCUCCAGUUCGUCGUCCGCCAUCGAUGGCGUCUCUCCAGACCUAGAAGCCUCCAUCCGCUUUGCUGGCGCUCAGCUCACCCAGGCCGCCGGCGUCCUCCUCCGAUUGUCGCAGGACAUCAUCGCACAGGCAAUUGUCACAUUCACGCGAUUUUGGAUCGGCUCCGAGGGAGGGAGUCUGCGCAUUUAUUCCGUCAAGGAUGUCUCCGCCGCAGCGCUGUACAUGACCGCUAAGCUAUCCUUUCAACCCACCUCCCCGCGAUCCGUCUUGAACGUCUACACUUUUUUACUCUCAAAAGACGCCUCGCCGUUAUGGUUCGUGACCCCGCAAGGGUCGCCAGCGGAGAGACCAGCCCCGGAAGCCUACUGCCUCACCGAGGGAGGCUACCACAGCCAGCGGGUGGUGCUUCUGCGGAUCGAGUCGGUCAUCCUGCGGACCCUGGGCUUCAACACCCAUGUCGCGCUGCCUCACACCAUCGCCCUGACCUAUCUACAAACCCUGGGGGUGUCUUCUGCGGCAGUAUCGCGAAGGGUCUUUGAGCAUUUGAACGCGGCGCUGAUGUCCCCGCAAUUGCUGUACGUCACCCAUCAGCCGAAUGCCCUCGCGGUGGCAUCGAUCUACCUCGCUGCGCGGGAGGUCGGCGUCAAGCUGGUCGACGGCGAGUGGUGGGAAGUCUUUGAUGUCGAUCGGGAAGAGUUGGGAUUUUUGGUCGUGGGCCUUCGCAGCAUGGAGGGAUUUGCCAAAGCUGAGAUGGAAAAGUGGAAGGGACGACGGAUUCCCAUGGUGGUGGAUGACGUUGAUGCUGAGAUUGAACGGAGGAGAAUGAUGGAAGAGGGGGAGUGA